AAUGUGGAACAUCCCAUCGAGAGUAAACAGUUUUCCAAAUAAUUUAAACCAAUAAAGACGACCAGAAACGAUUCGUCGUGUCCUUUGAUCAUCGGCACAUCUCAGCCGUCCCAUUAAGUUUUCAUACCUUCCCGGAACUCGCCACUCGCGCGUGCCGGGUAUUCUGCUGGCGCUGUGACGUAACGAGGAGCGGCUCGAGACCUCCGGGAGUAGCGGAGUAGAAACGGACGCGAUGGUUUCUGCGCUGAAAUCGCCCUCGGGAGCCACAGGCGACGUGUGCUGAGCGGACCGCGGUUUCCCGUCCAGGCAGGCCGUAGCAAACCCCUCCUGUACAGCCGGAGCGCCGCUCCGAAAGGAAGUGAAAGCGCCCGAAUUGGUGCUGCGCUGACUUCAUUACAAAAUACUUGGAAAAUAUAAGAGGUGGAGGAUCCAAUCUGGAAGCAGACGGUGGGUGCUGCAGGAUGGCAUCACAUGGGUACAGCCACUCUAACACCCGUCUGCAGAGCAAGAAACCACCCAGCCUGAAGAUCGCCAUCCCACCUCCGGAUGUCAACCACGGGGCCGACUCUGCCUGCCAGCCCUUGAGCUCUGACCUGGGUGUCCAGUCUGAAGAUGGCACGGUGGUGGGGGGCAGGAGGCCGGCCUUUGAGAGGCAGACCUCCCUCUCCCAGAGCAUCCGCAGGGGCACGGCGCAGUGGUUCGGUGUCGGGGACGACUGCGAGAGCAAGCACAUGCAGUGGCGGCGCAAGAGCAUGCAGCACUGCAGCCAGCGGUACGGCAGACUGAAGGCGCAGUACCGCGAGCAGGAGGCACCCAGCCUGGACCAGGGCCUGGAGUCGCCGGGGGCCUACAGAAUGCCCAAGAUAGUGGACCCUCUGGCCCGGGGUCGGCCUUUCCGCUACCCCGAUGAGCCGGACCGGCCGCGGACGCCUCACAUGACCCCCAUACCGCUGACCCCGGGCAUGAGCUCGCUCUGCUCCUUCUCCAGCCAGCGCUCCGGCUACGCCCGCAUGCCGCGCCGCAAACGGGAAUCCGUGGCCCGUAUGAGCAUCCGCGCCGCCUCCAACCUUCUCAAGGGUCGCCCCGUGAUGCUGAGCUCCCAGGCCGGCCGCACCAUCCCCCGCCGCAGCUUCGCCCAGCACAGCUGGCUGGAAGAGGACACCGUGGACACGGCCGAUACCUCAGACUCCGUGUUCUUCAGCAAGGUCGACGCCCAUUACGAGGCGUACUCCAUACCCGAUGAUGUGUUCGAGUCCCCGCCUCUGUCGGCAACCUGCAGCAGCCACCAGCAGCCACACUUCGAGGAACCAGCACUCAAGGAGGCGGAGCCUUCUGUAAAAUUGCCCCUGUCGAUCAAGAAGGACCUGGGCCCGCGGCUGCCCGGAGAGCCCCGCCCCCAGCGUGGCCAGCGCAUCGCAUCACGUGUCAAGCACUUCGCCUUCGACCGGCACAAGCGGCAGUACGGCAUGGGUGUGGUGGGCAAGUGGCUGAACCGGCAUUACCGGCGCAGCAUCAGCAGCCAGGUGCAGAAGCAGCUGGACGACUUCCACAGUCACAGGCCAUACUUCACCUACUGGAUCACGUGCGUGCACGUCGUCAUCACCCUCCUGGCCGUCGGCACCUACGGCUUCGCCCCCGUCGGCUUCGCCCAGCAUUCGACCACUCAGCUGGUGCUCCGAAACAAGGGUGUCUACGAGAGCGUGAAAUAUACCCAGCAGGAGAACUUCUGGAUCGGGCCCAGCUCAGAAGAUCUCAUCCACCUCGGGGCGAAGUUCUCCCCCUGCAUUCGACAGGAUGAGCAGAUUUCCAAGCUCAUCCAGCAAGCCAAGGACUUGGAGAGGGAAUCAGGCUGCUGUGUGCAGAAUGACAACUCCGGCUGUGUACAGACACUGAGAACAGACUGCUCGGAGACACUGGCCACCUUUAUAAAAUGGAACGCGGAGAAUUUGGACAUAACGCGCUCGUCUGGCUCUGUUUGUAACCAGGACCCGAGGAUCUGUGAGGAGCCAGCCUCAGCGGCACCCCACAUCUGGCCCGAUGACAUCACCCAGUGGCCGAUCUGCACUUUUCCACGCAAGUGGAACCACACUGGGUACAGGCACAUGGACUGCAGCAUAAAGGGGAGACCUUGCUGUAUCGGGACCAAGGGCAGGUGUGAGAUUACAACGCGGGAAUACUGCACGUUCAUGCAUGGCUACUUCCACGAGGAGGCCACUCUCUGCUCACAGGUGCACUGCUUAGACGACGUCUGUGGCCUCCUACCGUUCCUCAAUCCGGACGUCCCUGACCAGUUCUACCGGCUGUGGCUCUCGCUGUUCCUCCACGCCGGGCUGCUGCACUGCCUGGUCUCCGUGGUCUUCCAGAUGACCGUGCUGAGGGACCUGGAGAAGCUGGCUGGCUGGGCGCGCAUCGCCAUCAUCUACAUCUUCAGCGGCAUCACGGGCAACCUGGGCAGUGCCCUUUUUGUGCCGUACCGGGCGGAGGUGGGACCAGCUGGCUCCCAGUUUGGGCUCCUGGCCUGCCUGUUUGUGGAGCUCUUCCAGGGGUGGCAGAUGCUGGAAAAGCCAUGGAAUGCCUUUUUGAAGCUUCUGGGAAUCGUGCUCUUUCUGUUCCUGUGCGGCAUGCUACCGUGGAUUGACAACAUCGCCCACAUCUUCGGCUUCCUCAGCGGCCUGCUGCUGUCCUUUGCUUUCCUGCCCUAUGUCACCUUCGGCACCUUUGACAAGUACCGGAAGCGGGUGCUCAUCGCCGUGUCGCUGCUGGUCUACGUGGGUCUGCUCUCCUCCCUGGUGGUCUGGUUCUACAUCUACCCCAUCCACUGGACUUGGCUAGAGCAUCUCACCUGUCUGCCCUUCACCAGCAAGUUCUGUGAGAAGUAUGACAUCGACCACGUUCUGCACUAGUGCCCAUCAGCAGAGAUCGCAUUGACCAGCUUCCCUUGAGAGUGAAAUCGGAGGAAAGACAAUCUUAGGGAAAAAAAACAAAAUUUGCAGGUGGUUGCAUUUGAUUACGCUCAAAUGUUUACACUACAGCACGAAAUUCUGGGAUUAAAGCACUAAAGGAGAGUAAACAGGGUACAAGCACUGGUAAUGCCCAGUGAACCUGGAAGGCAAUUUCGGGGACAACCACCAUUUGUGGGAUAAUAGAAGAUGAUGCACAUGAUUUUUAAACUUCCAAAGAGACUGAAUUGUGAAUGACACUCAGACCAAGGUUCUGUUAUUUUCUUCACCCCAUGCCCCCCUCCCCCCCACCCAAAACACAGAAUUUUUUCUAACACUAAAUAUAAUUUCUGUUUCUUUUUCUGUUUUUCUUUCAUUGCAAAAUUGUGUCAAUACCCCU